AUGUUGCGAGAAGGACUUAUAGAAGAACUUUUGAACUUUCACGACAGUCAUAACAAACAGAGGAUUAAAGACGGCAAACCACCAGACUACACUAAAGGCGUGUUCCAGACGUUAGGGUUCAAAGAAUUCCACGAAUACCUAAUGCUACCAGAAGAGAAGAGGAACAGCGAUGAGGGCAGGAAGUUACUGGAACAGAGUAUAGAAAACAUGAAAAUGGCAACAAGAAGAUAUGCUAGGAGACAGAAUAAAAUGGUCAAAGGACGGUUUCUGGAUAUUCCUACCAGAGAGGUACCACCAAUUUAUGAAUUGAACACAACAGAUCUUUCUAAAUGGGAUGAUGAAGUAAAGGACAAAGCAAUAGCAAUAAUUGAAAGUUAUAUAAAUAAUGUUCCUUGUAGCUACGAACCUUUAAAAAGAAAUUUAGACGAGGAAAAAAGAAAAAUUGAUGGACAUUCUUGCAAUUAUUGCGAUGUGUGCGAAAGGCUUAUUAUUGGUGAUAAGGAAUUCUCAAUACAUUUAAACUCACAUAAGCAUAUGAGAGUUUUAAAAAAGAAAAAGAAAUUAUUAAUGCAAAAAGAAAAAGAAGAAAAGCAAGAUAAUAACUAA